UUAAUUUCGGCAAUAGUAUAAAUAAUUGACGUGAUUUUUAGGAUUUUUGUGCUAAACCAGCGAUAUUUUUGUGAACAUUUACAGACCUGAGUUGUCAUGGAGGCUUCUACAACGUGUAUGCGAGGAUUUUCGAACACCUUUGUGCCAAAUACCAAAAUUAAGGUUAUGGACUUGCAGUAUGUAGAGAGCGAGGAGUUGGAGCAGACAUGGAAGGCAGCCCGUCGACAGCGACUCAAGCAACAAGAGGAGAAGAUCUGGGACGAGUUUGUCAAGGAACAGGAUAUACUGAGGAGCGUCUGCAAAGAGGAUCCGUACCAGUUUAUAGACCAGUUUCCAGAGAGCUCCCUUAGAGAAAUGAUGGAGACUGAGAUUCAGACAAUGAGGAUGACUUUAGAACAGGAACAUAAGCGCGGUGCGGGCGACUCCCCCAUAUGUGAGACGCAGCAUACUGUGACGUUUAGCGAGAUCGACCAGGACGAAAUGUUCCGCAUCUUCGAGGAGAAUGAGAACGAGAAGGAAGAUGAUCUGUCCAUUCAAGAUGACGAUGGAUUGAACGAAUCGAUAGACACGCCGAACACGGUACGCGAGCGUGAGCGUAUGGGGACAGACGACGAAAGCAAGACUGAUGAGCGAGAUGGAAAAGAUCGCGCACAGCAACCGUCUACCAGCAAAUCUAACGAGAACGUGGCGAACAUGAUUGAGAGCAGCAUCUACUGCGCUAAAGUGAAGGAUUUGCGGAUCAAGAUCAACAUGGAACUCAUUUCUAUCAUGACGUCCAUGGAGCGCCUCGCCGUGUCGUGCCCGGACCCGCACCGGCUGCGCGCCAGCGGCCGCCGCGCCGCUGAGUUCUGCGCGCGCUUCCAGCGGAUACACCUCUACCAGCUGCAGCGGCACAUCCACGAUAUAAAGCGCCACAGCUCGAUGGCGCUCCCCUUCGCGAAGUACACUCAGUUCCAGUCGCAGAUGGUGCGCAUCGUCGCGUUGCAUCAGACCACCCUGCAGUCACUGCAGGUGUUCCACAAGUCGCUGUCGGCGGCGUGGUGGCCGCGCCAGUGGGCCGAGCUGCUGCGCGCGCUGUGCGCCGCGCUGCGCGACGCGGGCGCCGCGUGCCGCGCGCUGCCCGCGCCGCACGGGCUGGCCGCCGCCGCUGACCUCUACCAAGACGUCUCUCAUCACAUGGCCAAAUCAUACUAA